CCAAUGUGGGAGAAAGAGUGAACUUUCCAAUUUGGGAAUACACUUUCUAAAUUGGUGUCUCCCUUCUCCAUCAUUUUUCCUCCAUUUUCCAUUCACACUUUUUUUCAUAUACUUUGAACCCAACAUUUGGAAUGUGAUAUUCCUCGUAGACAUGUAACGAGGCAUUACAAUGUUGAAAAUGAUGAUGAAGAUGAGGAUGAAUAUGCACAUGUAACUGAUGAUGAUGAUGAUGACCGAGGGGUUUUUUGCCAUUUUAUUGUGAUAAACUAAUGUUGUGGCAAGAGUUAUAGAUUGUAUGGUAGUCUAUAAAGAAAGUGAUUGGCUAUGAUUGUUAGUUAUUCAAAAUAGGGAAGGAGCACAGAGUGGAUUGUAAUGGUGGUUGAAGAAAUCAUUUAAGGAUGGUAAACGAAAAGGAGUAGGUUAGCCAAUAAGUUAUAAGUACAGAUUAACUUGGGGAAAACUCAUUGGUGCAUAUGGAAUUUGUAGAUAGUUUGAAUGUAUGCUUGGGUAAGCAGAUUUAAUGUGAGAAAGUAGAAUAUGUUGAUAUGAUCGUGAUGGGUUAUGUUAUAAGAUUAAGAUUGACUACCCUCAUUAUGUGACAUUACCCCCUUGAUUUUCUUUUCUCUAGUAGUUGUAAACUAGUACUGCUUGUGAGAAGGGGUGUGGUAGAUUUUAAGGUGUGGUAGUAAUGAUGUGGAGAGAAUGAACUUGCGGGCUGAAGUUAGGUGAAAUAAAAGACGGGGGUUGAUGAAGAUGAAGACGAUGAUGAUGUUGAUGAUGGAGAUGGAGAUGGAGAUGGAGAUGAUGAUGAUGACGACGACGAUGACGAUGAUGAGGAUGAAUAUGCCGAGGAUUAUGAUGGGGAAAAAGAAGAGGAGAAGCCUGAAAAGAAGAAGGUUCCGAGGAUAAUUAUGCGCAGAUUCAGGUGCAGCAUCGGAGUCCAGUGGUGAGAGGAAAUGGUGUGGCAGCAGCCGCCAGCAUAGCUGCUCCAGGUGGUAUUAUGAACCAGUUCAAGCCGACGUCUCUGUAUGUCGGGGACUUGGACAUCAACAUGACUGAUACACAGCUGUACGAGCUGUUUAACCAAGUGGGUCAGGUUAUUUCGGUUAGGAUUUGUAGGGACCUUAGCACUCAGAGAUCCCUUGGCUAUGGCUUUGUCAACUACAGCAAUCCUCAGGAUGCUGCAAAGGCAAUGGAGAUGUUGGAUUCGACUCCUGUUAACGGAAAGUCCAUUAGGGUGAAGUACUCUCAUAGGGAUCCAAAUUUCCCUAAGAGUAGAACAGCAAAUCUAUUUGUCAGGAAUUUGGACAAGUCAAUUGACAACAAAGCUUUACAUGACACCUUUUCAAGCUUUGGCUCCAUUGUUUCUUGCAAGGUAGUUACUGAUUCUAAUGGCCAGUCGAAGUGUUAUGGUUUUGUACAAUUCGACAACGAUGAAUCUGCUCAAAGCGCCAUAGAUAAGUUAAACGGUAUGGUCAUCAAUAAUAGGCAAUUGUAUGUUGCACAUGCUCUUCGCAAAUAGAAGAAUGGAUGAGCACAAGCAAUAGUAGUUUGUGGUGGUUGCACACUAGGCUAGCACCAGUUUUGGAACCCUUGGUUGGUAAAUUUGCCUUUGCCUCGUUUUGGUAUAUGUUCACUUUGCCUUUGUGUCUAUUUCUUUUCCCAUUAUCCUCUUUAGUCUUUACUUUGUUAGCAGUGAUUUUGUGAUCUCUCAGGGGUUUUUUUGGUUGCCUAUUCUCCGGUUUUUGUUAUCAUGGUAUGUUUGGCUUUCUUCCCCGCCUCUUGCUAUCACCCUCCUCUCUACCGUCCUAUGAAGUUUGUUACAACAAUUUUUGUAUAUAUAUUCUGAGUUAAUGUCUGUUUAUAAUCCCAUUUCUGGUUAUGUAAAUAUGUUCUCCA